AUGUAUCUGAUGCUAAAACUCUGGGCCAUAGAUACAUCAGGAGUGUUUGUGAGGGCCAUGAGAGAAUGCUUAUACGAUGAUGUUGGUGGUUAUGAUGGUGGUGGUGGUUGUCAUGUUGAUUGUGGUUAUGAUGGUGGUGGUUAUGAUGGUGGUGGUGGUAAUGGUGGUGGUGGUUAUGGUGGUGGUGGUUAUGAUGGUGGUGGUUAUGAUGGUAGUGGUUAUGAUGGUGUCAGAAUAUAA